UUUCUUUGGACCCCGUCCCCUCUCUAAAUGAAAUCUAUACACAUUUUACGUGUAACUUUUUGUAUAUAUUUGGAUCGAUUAAAGCCGGACGGAAUUGGUGUGAAUUGACUGCCAUGAAUGUUAAUAAAACGGUAUAAGAGGAUCGGAUUUUAAAGGUAGACACAUAUAUUUGUGAACCGAAUCGAACGAAAUCAAAUCAGUUGUAUUUGUCAAUAUGGGAGGAUCGAAGAAAUCAAAAAGUGUUAAUUGGGCUGCAGAUGUUAAUCUUUGUCAGGUAAGACUGUUUUUGUUGGAAGAAUCUCCUUCACAAGUUGGAGUUGAAACUCAAGACCACCUCCAGGCAAAGACUUUAUGGUCAGUUGAGAAAGGUGGUAUCUCGUCUGAUGACAAUUUGCCACCUGGCUUUGAAGCACUCCAGCCUGGAAAUCAUUGGAGAAAUAAGUUGUCCCAACUACCUCUUAUCAAAUGGAGAUGCCCUCCCAGAUUUGAAGUGGAUGGUGAGUGGAGAGUGGUUGCUGGGGAAGAGAGUAAAGAAGUGGAAGCUCAAAAUCAACGGGAGAUGAGAGUGCUUGAAGCAAUUUAUCCACGUCUGUCGUCUAUUCCUGCAAACCCUUCGGUGUCAGUGGGCAUGGAAGACUCGCUUCAGAAUGAUCACAAUACCAUUCGGAUUCCAAUCACUCCUAUUGAGGAUGAGGAUGCUGCACCAGAUGCUCCACUUGCCUACAUGGAGUCAAACACUGCUCCCAUGGCCUCACAGCCCCGUUUAUUGGCCAAUGGAACUUCCUCCUCUCAGGUUAGUGGCUGUACUGAUCCCCAUGCCUAUAAAAUCCCAGAAACAGGUAGAGACCCUUGUGUGCAGCCUGAUAAUGUAGCUGCUGCACAUGCUGCCUUGACUGCAGCGAUGUCGAAAAAUGAUCAGGGAAAUUUGAUUGAUCAUAACUUGCUCAUAAAAAUUCUCAAUGAUCCUAAAAUGAUUGAGCAACUUGUUACAAACCAUGGCACAGCCUCCGGCGCACAAAAUGUACCAGCAUCCAGCAUUCCAAAUAUGCCACUCACUGGUGUGCAGAAUAUGCCGUUUUCCAGUACACAAAAUAUGCCAUCAACCAGCACGUAUAAUUUUCCCUCUUCCAGCACAAUAAAAUUGCCCAACCCAUCUUCCAGUACUAUCAAUAGACGAGAUCCGCCUUCUUCUCAUGUUCCCCGACCAGAACUCAUUUCGUCUCCGGCUACAUCAAGUCGAGCUUUCUUUCCUCUAAGUACAAUAGGACCGAUUCCCAAUAUCCGGCCAUCAGUACCUGACAUCAUUUUAGCGCCCACUCCAUCUGCUAGACCUCCCAUAGCGAAGGACAUCAACUAUUAUAAGAGCCUCAUUCAACAGCAUGGAGCAGAAAGACAAGAUAGGUUACCCCAAUUUGGUAAUCAAAAAAUAGGCACAAUCCAAGAACCUUUAAAUGUUGCUAAAUCUAGUGACCCGAAAUUAAAGAUUAUGAGACCUUGCAUAUAUUUCAAUAGUGCAAGGGGUUGCAGGAAUGGGGCUAACUGUGCAUAUCUGCAUGAAACAUCGUCCCAGCCGCGGAUCAGUAGUGUUCCAGAGGUUCAAAGUACAAAGAGAAUGAAAAUGGAUAGGGAGAUUACGGGGAGAUAACAAUGUUCACAUAUAUUUUCUGAGAGGAAUUCUCUUAGUUCGGCAUUUUAUCUCUUCAUCUCAUUUUACUUUUUGCAAAGAGAAUAUAUUCAUAUUACAUAUAUGCUUAUCUGGAAUGGAUUAUUUUAUUCGUGGAUCAUGAUAGUACGUAGCGUUUUGUGAAAGGUGGAUUCUGAUUUUCCUAGUGUUUAUCUUGACGGGGUGUUUGAUAUUAUGAACUGGAUGGGAUCGACCUUGUGUAAGACGCAGUUGUCACUCUCUAUACAUAGCAUGAUUCCCCGGUGGUCCACGACAAAGGCACGCUACACCACAGAGUUGGAAUCUUGAACAUGUGUAUUAUAUAUAGACGAGCAUUUUGGUGUCAA